CAUGAUCAUCAUCAUCAUCUCGCACAUCUUUCUACUUCGCUUUGCUCUCUCUCUCUCUCUCGCGCACUCAACUGGGCAGGAGACUGGAGUGGGGAGAAAGAAAGCGCAGCAAAUUGAAAUGGCGGCAUCAUCUCCACCACCACCUCCUCCUCCUCCGCCUCCUCUCCACCCGCAUUUGCGUAUUCCCUACUCUGCCCCUGCCCGCCUCCUGCUUUUCCUGUUGCUUAUAACUCACCCCGUUUCUUUGGCGGUUAACAUCACCGCCGUGCUCUCAGCCUACCGCGACCUCUCCGACUUCAAUCGCCUACUCAGCUCCACCUCCGUCCCCGGCGACCUCGCGGGACGAUCCUCCCUCACCAUCCUCGCCGUCCCCAACGCCUACCUCCUCCGCUCCUCGGCCGCCCGCACCGCCGCGGCCGCUGACAUCGCCGACGUCCUCCGCUACCACGUCCUCCUCGAGUACCUCUCGUGGCCCGACCUCCGCCGCAUCCCGACCGGCGGGAAGCUCGUCACCACUCUGUACCAGACCACCGGCAGGGCCGCCGGAAACCUCGGCGCCGUCAACCUCACCCGCGACGAGGGGGGCGGCGUCACCGCGCGCUCGCCCGCCCCCUUCUCCGCCUCCAACGCCACCAUCCUCGACCUCGUCGGCACCCACCCCUACAACGUCUCCGUCUUCGCCGUCAACGCACUCCUCCUCCCCUACGGGUUCGACCUCGCCGCCUCGGAGACGCGCCCUCCCGUCGGGGUCAACAUCACGCGGGUCCUCUUCGACGGCCGCGACUUCAACGUGGCCGCCUCCAUGCUCGAGGCGUCGGGCGUCGCAGCAGAGUUCGAGGCCGACGAGCGCGGCGCCGGAAUCACCGUCUUCGUCCCCACCGACGAGGCCUUCGCAGAUCUCCCGGCCACCGAGCGGCUGCAGUCUUUGCCGGCGGACCGCAAGGCGGUGGUGCUCCGCUUCCACGUGCUCCACUCCUACUACCCCCUCGGCUCCCUCGAGUCCAUCGUCAACCCCGUCCAGCCCACGCUCGCCACCGAGGACACCGGCGCCGGCCGCUUUACCCUCAACAUCACGCGUGUCAACGGCUCGGUGGCCAUCGACACCGGCGUGGUCCAGGCGUCCAUCACGCGCACCGUGUUCGACCAGAACCCGGUGGCCGUAUUCGCCGUCUCCAAGGUGCUACUGCCGAGGGAGAUCUUCCCGGGGGAGACCAGCGGAGCGAUGCAGGCGGCAGCCGCUGCGCCGCCGCCGGUGGAGGCGGCGGGUCUCCCGCCGCAGGGGGCCGAGGACUGGGACACGCCGCCGGCGAGGCUGUCGUCGCCGCCGGGCCUCAGAGAGGAGGUUACGUCCGGGGCGGCCGUCCGCGAUGGGGUUGCCCUGUCCUGUAUAGCGUCGCUCUUUCUAAUGCAGCUGCUGAGAAAGCAACUUGAUAGCCGAUCUUACCUGGUGGAUCUGGUUCUUCUUUACUUUCUCUUUUUUUUCCUUCUUUCUCAAGAUUAAGCAAACAAGUACAAUCGAAGGGGCUGUUGAAGUUUCAGUCAACAGGGAAAUCUGCGUCAUGAUUUUGACUGUGUUCGAGGGGCUUUAUGAUUUUGGGCAGGAAAGGUGAAAAAUGUUUUGUACGAAAAGGGGAUUUGGAUUCACAAGAAGGAUACUUGUUCUCACAGGUGGAAGGCCUUGGUGACUCAAAUCAGCAUUCUAUUGCUAUUUUAAGGAAUUGGGAGAUGCUGCUUACCCAUUUUUUGUUCACCAUGGAGACAGAAUAUAGAUUUAAAGGGAGAAAAAGAAUAAAGAUAUAACUCAGAACUGUGUCUCAACUUGCACUUACGCGAUGCGGAGUGGGGCAUGUGCUAGAAGUUGCAUCAGCACCUUGACGCAUGUUGGAGGUUGAGUUUGUGGAUGGCACAUUGCAUCCCAAUGUCAUUAGACCCUGAGCCAGGGAAUUGCGAACCGAGGAAAGCACAACAUGUUUUUAUCAAGUUUCAGUCACGAGCGCUUUGGUGCCAAAUCCUGAAAGAUCGAUGAAGAAUGAGAUUUUAUGUUAGACAUUUUGCGCUUUCAUUACUCGUGUGAUACUGUAAUGCUCUAAUUUGUUAUAUUGGUGAACCAAGUCAAUGGAAGAUGGAUUUCUUCUGUAUAUGCUGCAAUAGUUUUGGCAAACCAUGACACCAUGUGAGAGUAGCAUGAGUUUGGAUCACAUGUUGAAUGUUUUUACUGAGUCCAGGAAAUCCUAAAGCAUUGGAUUUGAGAGUUUGUUCUGGUAGAACAAAAUGAGAUGGUUGUGGAUCUGACCGUGACGACUGAGGCCUAAUGCUUCAGCAUAUGAAACUCAUGGUCUAAUGUUUGCUGUGUCUUUUGGCUUUGACUUGGGAAUGUAUAUAGAAUCCAGAGGAUAUGCUUGCCAUAAGAUGAGAUUGUCUCAACUUGCUAUCCUCUUAUUAUAUGUGCAACUGUUUCAAGUCCUUUGAUAUGCUGCUACAGUACAGUACAGUACAUUUGAUUCAGAAAAAAAUGAAAUGACCCAAGUUGCUGCAGAACCAGAUCAUCUAUUAAUUCCUGUGCCUGGUGAGUCCAAACUUGGAUCGAUCGAGAGUACUUGGGAGUCAUCAGCUGUAUCUGCAAUGUCAGAUGUUCCAGGUCAUAUUGUGUUCCACCAGUGGUCGGCCGGGUCGAUUACUUUGCUACGGAACAGCAUAUCAUUCGGGGCUGGAUUCAGGAAAGGCCAACGGAGUUCAACUCAUCGCAAAAGGUCCAAAGCAGUGUGCUCCAUUACCUUACCUUACAGCUGUUGGAAAGAUGAGGACAAAGACAGACAAUUAGGAUGGGAGGUGGAGGUGGAGGGCAUGGUACGAUGGGUCAAACCUCCUCGCUUUAUGCUUGCUCAGUGGCCAACACCAUGCUGCGAGCUGGUCGCCGGCCGGCUGUAGAAUGAGAAUUAGGUUGUGUCCUGCUCGACCAUUAAUCUGCAUCAGAUCAAAAGCUAGCCGAGCCGCAGUGAGCUUGCAGACAGCUUACCGGUCAUAGUCUGCGUUACCAAAUGUUGAUCGAGACGGUCACUGCAGAGAUGAGAAUUGUGGAGUCCUUUUUACGUCGAACACGUGGGGACGUCGAGCAUAGGAGGGAGGAACCGCCCCUCCUCCUGCUGCGGAAGGAAGGUUGCCAAGAAGGUAAGCGCUAUGGUGUGGUUUGAGGAAGCUGCAAGUCAAGGAAGACAUGCACGCAUGAGCGAGGAAUCAAUGGAGUCGGUCAGGUGCCAAGUCAAAGAUGGAAACUGUUCUUGUGAUCUCACUUGUUCAAAAGCACGAAGGGUGUGAAGAAGAAGAAGAAGAAGAAGGGCGUAAAAGGAUUGAUGGCUGAUGGACUCAUUCCACUUUGACCAAAUGAACUGAAAUAUGUGUACAGACGAGCUAUGUUUCCUUCUUCUUGACUUUGCAACGGAGUUAGGUUGUCUAUGGCUGUUGAAAGUUGAUUCAAAGAUUUGAGCAAGUGAAAGAAAAAAAGAAGAGAGAGAGAGAGAGAGGACAAGUUCAUGUGUUUUGACUCCAACAAAAUGGUUCGUCAUCCCUCGAAAAAACAAACAUGGAAUGAAUGCAUUUGAUUUGAUUUGAUUCCCAAGGCUUCAAGUGGGAUGCAAUGAAAUUUCUUGCAGAGGAUUCAUGAAAAGUGGAGGAAGCUCAUCUCAGCACGCCCCCUCUGACCGUAUCUGUCCUCUCCAUUAUGAUUCGAGACAGACAUUACGUGAAUUGUUUUUGCGGUCACACUUGCAAAAACUCUUUACCGACAAGACAAAGACGAUAUGAUAACGUGAUGUUGUGCCAG